AUGGUUAUUAAACAAUGCAUGUGUGGAAGUUAUCGAGAAAAAAAUAAUAUACCUAAUUUCCAUGUCUCUGCUACACAUUUUCCCUAUGUGGGAUGCCUUGCUUUUGUUAAUAUUUCCCUUCGUAAUAAUAAGAUUUGUGCUAUUUCAGGAUAUAUAAACCACUCAGAACAAUGUAAAACAUCUCAACUACAACACGACUCACUAUAUAAGCUUCUAUUAUAUAUUAAAAAAAAUGUUGAAACUCUAUUGAAUCUAAAUGUAAGCACUGCAGAUAUUCUUGCUCAAAAUGCCAAAAUGGCAAAUGCUUCAAAAAAAUUGGUGUAUAAAAUUAAAAAUGAUCCUGCAAAAAAUUUAGAGCAGUUUCUUGAACCAGACACGAAUCCAUCAGAACUUAAAAAAGUAUGUCUACAUUACCAACCCUAUACAAAAGAAACUGGCCAUCUAGAAAUUAUUAUUAAAAACCCAAAUACUACUGCAAUUACAUUUAGUUCUCUUGUUGCAAUGAUUGAUACAGAUGUUAAAGAACAAAAAUCAUUGUUAAGACAAUUGGGACGAAGAGGUAGAAAUGAUAUAAUUUUACAAUGCCAAACCUUGAAAAUGUAUUUACGAAAUGUAUUAAAGGAAGCUUGGACAAUAGAUGGUAAUGAGAAUGUAGUAUGCAGGUUUAUUAAAGAAAAAAAAAAUUCGUUAGAAACUAUUAUAUAUAAGUCAGAAGACUUUUCAAAUGAUACAAAAAAAUUUUGGAUAGUGGAGCAAGAUUCUUUACUUAUCUAG